AUGGAGAACACGUGCAUUAACUUCACAGAUUAUACAGACUAUUCAAAGAGAAAGCCACCCACGGACAUUCUUUUUGUACUCGGUGGAGAUGAUGGAUGUAAAUCGUAUGUUGGCAGAAAUAAGGGACCAGGUCCGCAGGAACUAACUCUCGGCCAAGGUUGUGGAACGGUGUGUGCUCGAACGAUAUUCCGUAUUGCACGAUACGAUUUUAUGUGA